AACUACUCAGCUAAGCAAAACAAAAUGACUGGAAAAAGACAAAUUUCGGCGUGCCUGUGAACUCUCGGAACAAGUGCUGCUAUUCAAAAUGAAUCACUUAUGUUUUUAUUCGUUUGUCGUUGAAUAAAAGAUUAGCGAAAAUCAUUGAGAACGCUUCUUGAAAUCACAGAAAUGCUGUCAUCUAAUUGAUGACUGAUCAUUAAUCAUUCCAUUUAUGGAGAACGCACGGCAUAUACUGACGACAGCUCGUGGCCACUUCCUGGGAACCCUCGCAUGUGCCUGUUUGCGCCCGCUCCCAGCUCGAGGAAGCGUGCCGCGCCGCCGCGCCGUCCAGCUAAGCUCGAGCUGGUGCCGUGCUGGACUGUGUGGAAAUCCCCAGCGGCAGCGGAGGUGCCCAGCCGGCCUCAUAAGUGGCCGGCCGCCACUCGCCACACAGAACUGGCAUCGUGAACAGAUCGACCGUCCCCUCUCCCACCGGUCCAGCCUCCCAAGAUGCGCGCCGGACUCGCACUGCUGUGUGCCCUGACGGUGCUGACCGUGGCCAGCGCUCGGCCACAGCGCUUCAACCGCUUCCGACCGGGCGGCGGCGGAUUCGCUAGCGGAAGCGGCAGCGGCUUCGGCAGCAUCAACAGUGGGCCCGGUGGCACCGCGCUGAAUCUGGGUGCCAACGCCAACACAAACAUUGACAGCUCCAACGGCUUCGCCUCGUCGAGCUCCCUGGGCUUCGCUAACGGCCUCAACCUCCAGUCGCCAUUCGGAUCAAGCUCAAACCUGAACACGGGAGGAUUCAAUUUGUCUCAGGGAUAAGGUGAACAACUUAAGGAAUCAACCAUCAGCAAAACAAAACUAUUUGGAAAGACACUAAAACCGUAAAGAAUGACACUCGGAGAAGGCCUGAGGAUGACGUAAGAUAUGGGUUAUGAACCGUAUAAGGCCAGAAUAAAGAUCGUGAAAAUAGUUUUAUCGGUGGCCUUAUCUGAUACGUGUAACGUGACAAACUGAAACAAUGAACUGAGCUACCAAGUGUCGUAUCGCCGGAAAUGAGGGCGCUAUGUGUGUUUGUCGUUGGCUGUGGCGGAUAAUCGGUCGAUAAAUGAAUACAAGACCAAAAACAA